UCAGUGGGCCAUGAAUAUGGCCUUCGCAGAGUUCGUUAACAAACUCGACUAACCCAGCCCCUGAUCAAUUUCUGCGUGAUUGUGUACAUGGAUAAUAUUUUGGUCUUUUCAAAAACACACGAGUACCACGUGGAACACAUUGAGUGGGUUUUGCAUGCACUGAAAGAUGCGGGGUUCAAAGUGGCCUUGGAGAAAAGCGAGUUCUUCUUGUCGGAGAUCUCAUUCUUGGGGUACAUCGUCACGGUCGAUGGACUAAAACCAGAUCCGAGGAAGAUGGCAGCAGUUCAAGACGCCCCGGCGUCGGUCACACUCACCCAGGUUUGGGCGUUUCUAGGGCUGGCAUCCUAUUACCGACGCUUCAUCAAGGGGUUUGCCGGCAUAGCGAAGCCCCUCACGAACCUGCUGAAGAAAGAGGAACAACUGAUCUGGACGCCGGAACGCGAAGCGGCGUUUCAGGCGUUGAAGGAGGCUCUGACAUCUACUCCUGUGUUGGCGCGCCUCGACCCGACAAGACCGUUCGCACUGUACACAGACUGGCAGCCUCAGGCGAUAUCGGCGGUGCUGACUCAGCACGGCAAGGACGGAAGGGAGCACGUCAUUGAGUAUGCGUCCAAGAUGCUGAGCCAGGUGCAGGCUAAUUACGAAGCAUGCAAAGGCGAAUGCCUGGCGGUGGUGUGGGGGAUUCAGAACUUCCUACCUUAUCUGUAUGGCCAGAAAUUCGUGCUGGUAACGGAUCAUCAGCCGCUGCUGUCCCUACGCAACAACACGGACUACACGGGGACUUUGGGCAGGUGGGCGGUGCAUCUGCAAGACUAUGACUUCGACAUCCGCCACCGUGCCAUGCGGCAGCAUGGUAACGCCGAUGGAUUAACGCGCCUUCUGCCGCCCAACAAGUGUCCCACCAACGAGCGACUCAUUCCGUGGAGGCCAGAAGUCGCGGCGACGAAACCACACUACGGGGAGCUACAUGUGCUUUGGAGCAGGAUAAACCAUCGCGAGACGGAGCAUGAGCCCCUCGAGCAUUUCCAGACGCCGCUUGCAGAUCGCCUGUUGCGGCAUCGGUUCAAUGAGGAGAGGCAGUUGCGGUACGACAUUCAGCAGGUGAACGUGCCGGCGCCCGAGGUUGCGGAUUUGGCGGCAUACUCGUUGCUUUGCGAUCGGCUGACGUAUGCGGGGGUGUACGUGGACGUGACGCAGUUGCCUGGCCGGGAGACGACCCGAGUAUUCAUUGAGUUCCGCGCGCUCCAGGUGGCACCCAAUUUCGUGCACAGCGUCGCCACCUUCAUCGGAGACUUGACGAUCCUACCACAGCCGAAUCGGGAGCCGGCGCGCAGCUUUGUGCGCGAGUACGCGGUGGAAGCGGCCAGAUCAGUGGCCAGAUUGCAAGGACAGGGGGGACACCGAUUCACAGCUCACGAGGUGCUGCUGCGUAGGGCAGAGGACGGACCGAUUGCAUUGCUCACGGAGGGCCCUUAUCCCAUGCGCGAGUUCUCAGAGUAUUUAGUGGAGCUAAUUGACGUGGAGCCGCUGCCUUUCGCCGACGAAGACGCAUGGGAGUUGCACCGGGCGUUGUACAAGUCGGUGACGUUGGGGAUGUUCCGGUUCUUCGUGGAGCACGAAGACCACUGCAUCGGGGAGCACUUCGUCGUCUACUACGUCAUCACGCGGCCCAAACCAGCGGAGAAUGUAGGGACGGUCGCGCUGUACCCAUUCGCCCAGCUCCAGACGAUCGAUCCGGGAUUGUUGGAGCUCAUACACCUUGAGCUCCUCUCCAUUGCGCAGGUGAUCACGAGCGAGGAGGAGGAGAUCCAACCGCGAUUGCGGACGGCGACGGCCCCACGGAGAACGUACAACGCGGUCGUCAUUCCGGAAUACAUUGCGCAGCGCGCGGAGAGAUUGGAGGACUUCCCGGAGGAAAGGCCGUUCCGGCCUUCCUCGUCGUAUCCCCGACCGGCGCCACCGAAGGCCCCCAAGAAAACGCCGAAGAGGAAGAGACGCCACCCAUCGCCAGGGGUGCAAGGCAGUAGGAUCGGCGGCGGGGAGGAGGUGAUUCAGUCCGCACGUCCGUGGAAUCCGGACCCCGUGCCUGGGAGUGCGGCGAUGCUUGUUAAGGAGGCUGUCGUGCCAUCGCCGCCCGUUCCGCGUGCGCCCGAUCUCAACCUUGAUGGAGCCGGGCCAUCAUCAUCAGCAGCAGCCAGAGGAGGAAGCCGAAUGGGAUUACCGGAUCCCAUAUCCAGACCCCCCAUCCUCGCGGGACCUCUCUGUUCCCGCCAGCCACCCCGGGGUGCCCCGGUCAUUGACAUUAGUAGUUCAUCCAAGCCGGACGGUCCAUCCGACCGAGGUGGACUUCAUGGUGGACCCCGCCACCAUCAGGCUCCAGGCCAUCGCGGGGGCGCCGCGCCCUAAUCCGGCGUGCGAGCCAUAUCUGAC